AUGCUCCUUAAUAAUCUCAACAUACCCAUAUUGAGUCAUUCCAACCAGCCAGAAGAGCAUUUCCCUGACGGUCUUGGGAGGCGGCAGUUGGUCGGUGUUUGGGGGAGGGGAUGGAGUUGGAGGGGUGGUAGUGGAGGAGGAAGGUGUGAGCCAGAGUGUGAACAGGGUGAAGAGGAAGGGGGCACGGAUGCGAUAGAGGAACUCGGGGAUGGUGUCGUGCGCCAGCUUGUGGAGAGGGUUCAUUUGCUUGACGGCGAUUUGCAGUGCCCCGCAGAGAUCCUCGCAGGUCCGCUUGGCGGGGUGGCCGCUGGUGGAGCCGGCGAGGCUGUGGGCGUCCCUGUGCACGAAGCCGUACCUGAAGAGCGUGGGCGUGGUGGAGUCGCAGUCCACGAUGGAAGGGCAGUCGGCAGUGUGAUUGGAGCUCGGGGCCAUGGGAAGACGCUUGGCUGUGCAGUCGGCGCAGCUCCUGGCGUGGCAGGUGGAUGUGGCGUCGGCGCAGGUGCGCUCGCAGUCCUGGAGCAGUGA